CACGAGCCGAGGCUUCCUUCCUCCACAUCCAGAGCAAGAACCAGGAAGUGAAAGUGUACACAUGGAGGGUGUGUCGUUCCCUGUUAGCAAAUGUUUUAUUUUUAAAAACAUAGUCCUCCUCGGAUAAAUAAUGGGGGACUCGGCGAGGAGCAAGCGGCGGGAGCAGCUGAAGCGCUGGGCCAGCUCCUGCACCAACAAAGCGUCGGACGUGCCAAGGCGAAGGUGGCACGGAGCAGUGGACCCGGAGGCCGAGCCCAGCCAGCCGCCAAGGGAGCCGCCAGUGUGUGGAGGCAGAGAUGAAACCAGUCCCCAGUUCAAAAGACGGAAAAGGGUGAGGUUUGACAGGGCUGCAGAGUUCCUGGCUGCCUGUGCCAGCGGAGACACGGAGGAGGCCGAGGUGAUGCUGAUGGAGGCCAAAGAAACCAAAAUUACAAACGGGGAGGAAGUGUUAGAAAUUAUCAACUGUUCCAAUGCCGAUGGAAUCACGGCACUCCACCAGUCCUGCAUAGAUGGCAGCAUGGACAUCGUGUCCUUCCUUUUGGAGCACGGUGCUGACGUGAACCAGGUUGACAGUGAAGGGUGGACACCGCUGCAUGUUGCCGCCUCUUGCAGCUACCCUGACAUUGCAGAUUUUCUUUUGCAGCGAGGUGCGUCCCUCUCUGCUGUGAACUGUGACGGGGACGUUCCUAUGGACAUCGCUCUGGACGAGGCCACUGAGUCCCUCCUUCAGAGUUACACUGUGAGACUGGGUGUGGACCUGGAUGCAGCCAAGCGUCUGGAGGAAGAGCAGAUCAUGGCGGAUGCCCGGACCUGGCUGACUGAGGGCCUCCCUGCUGAUGUUCGACACCCCAAAACCGGGGCUACCCCACUGCAUGUGGCGGCUGCCAAAGGCUACCAAGAGGCCCUCAAAAUUCUGUGUCAGUGUGAGCUUGACGUGUCAGCGAAGGACUUGGACGGCUGGACGCCUCUCCAUGCGGCGGCACACUGGGGUCAGGGGGAGGCCUGUCGCAUUCUGGCUGAGCAGCUGUGCAAUAUGGAGGCCCGAAGCAAUGCGGGUCAGACACCAUAUGAUGUGGCUGAUGAAAGCGUUGAGGAGCUCUUGGAAGAGUUAUCACAGAAUCAAGCAAAUUCCAUAUUGGAAAAGCAAAACCAACAAGGCUCCACUGCUGCAAACGCACAAAACAAACGGCGGAGGAGCUCAGUGUGCAGGAUGAGCAGUAAAGAAAAGAUGAACGUGCAGGACCAGUCCAAAGAGAGAGGCGUGUCAGGGGGCCUGGAGCUGAGCGAGGAGAAAGAAAGCAGCCCCGAAAGCUCCACCGUGUCCAGUCCAGAGAGUGCGACCGCGUCCACAGUUAGCCCUGCGGACAAGACACCAGAGGAGAGAGAUGAUGAGGAGAAGGAGCAGGACAAGGCUAACCGCACCGCCAGAGUCCAACCCACCCCUCAGACCAGGGAAGGCGCGGCUGAGAGCCCCAACACCCCCAACACAGACAGGCGCAAGUUCCAGGCUCCAAGCAGAGACGAGGAGUCUGAGUCUCAGAGGAAAGCUCGCUCACGGCUGAUGCGGCAGUCUCGCCGCUCCACACAGGGUGUGACUCUGACAGAUUUGAAGGAAGCGGAGAAGACGGUGGCUAAAGCUGAAGAGCCCCCCCCUCGCAACAUCCAGCCUGUCAGCCCCAUCGUUACCAUCACGCCUGCUGAAAGGGAUACAGACGCGCUGAGCCAGGUGGAGGCGGAGGGGGAGAAGCGUCUGGGAGUGAAGGACAGGAGGAGAGGGAGGAAGGAGAGACGCUCCACUGGCAUCGUUCUGCCAGACGCAGAGAAUGAAGAGGAGGACGCUCAUUUGGACGAUUGGAACAGUAACAGUAACUCCAAUGAGAGUCUACCAGGAGACCCCUCCUCUGACUACAGAACGCUCUACCUAAAGGUCCUGCAGGAGAACCUGGCUCUGAAGGACAAGCUGCAGGAGAAGGAGCUGCUGCUCGGCCAGAACAAGGUGGAGCUGGAGAGACUCCAACAGAAUCAAGACAGCGGCACCGACAGACCGGCCCUGCUGGAACUGGAGAGAUUUGAGAAGCUGUCCCUCCAGAGGAAGGCAGUGGAAUUGGAGGAUGAGCUGAAGGUUCUGGGGGACCUCAGAACAGACAACCAGAGGCUGAAGGACGAGAACGCCGCGCUCAUUCGAGUCAUCAGCAAACUCUCAAGAUGAACCUUUAAAAACAUGGAGAUAAAAAGUAUUACAGAAUCUUCUUUUGCCCAACUCAGACGACACAGGAAGAGAGCGGGCAGCAGCAACACCUGCACAGCACAUUGACAGUAACUGGAACAACGUUUAGAUUUCAGGGUUUUUAGUGUUUUGGGCCUUUUUGUUUUGGCAGAUCUACUGUAUGAUAAGCUGAACUGCACCUCCUGUGGACUCACAUCCACUUUUUUAUUACGUCUUUAUUGUUGUAUUUUUUAACUGGAAUAUUUUAAUGUGCUUUGCUCCUCUGAUACUUUGUGUAAAAUCCGUAUUAAGAGACCUAAAAGCCAUGCACAGUGCGAGCUCACGGUUUUAGCCUUCUUGACCCCUGAAGGGGUGGAGGGAAAAAAAAAGCCAGUCAGGUGUAGGGUGUGGUUACUAGUAUAAGACAAAAAUUACCGUAAAUGUGCCAAAAACCAGCCCCAGUUUUACGUGUCCUUUGGGGGAAACUCCAAGAGGUCCGUGUUGUUUCUCAGGGUGAGUCUCGGGUCGAUGCUUUCUGUUUUUGGUGGACCAAAUUUUGCAUGCUCAUUUCUCCCUGCUCCUCUGAAUGUAUAUUUAAUAUGUAUAUUUAUGUACAGGGGCCAUCUGUCCUGACAGUGAUGUAAAGUCUUGAGCGGAGAGUUUUGGGUGCUAAUAAUGGAAGUCAUGUUCAGAGGGAUUUUUAUGGAAAAUGUUUUGUUACAAACAUCAGAUCUUUCAUGAGCUUUAGGAGAAUGCAUGCUCUAUCCUUAGUACUGUACGCCAGUAGUGAUUUUGCCUUUUUUGUUUGACUGGAGGCUUCUGAAAGCAACGACCCCUCGGCUAUGCUAAGCUAAGCUAAGUAUUCACCCUGUGACGGACGGCUGUUAGGAUUCAACAGACAGGCCGGAUGGGUCAACGUUUGAAUGUUUACUCCAAUUUUAAAGAAAAACUUGCAUGUCAAAUUGUAUUUUGAUGCUGUGCCUUUCGAUAUACAUUUCUAAGUCAUAUUUCUAUUUUGCUUUUGGCAAACGUACACUGUUAAGUAUGAAAUACAGUAUGGGCAUACAUUAUUAAGGCUCUGUUGUUUCUGUUUGUUUUUUCCUGCCCAAAUGCCGUUUUAAAAGCUGAUACACCAGUAUCACAGGGACACAUAUCUUUGUUACAAUUAUUUUCUUUAAAAAAAAUAUUAUCUUGAAUAUAAUUCUGUCAAAUUACGAUAUUAUCAUAAGCACAUUGAAAUAAGCAUUUUAGGCCUUUAAGUGUGUCCUGUCAAAAGAUGUUUAUGUUGGUAUGACAGGUAUUACUGUAAUGAAAUAAUGCAGAACUUACACAGCAUGUCAAUUUGAAGCAUCUUUCUGUAAGAGCUUCCAGAAGUGUCAAAUUCUUUCCAAAUGCCCCGGGUUCAGUAAAAACUGAAACUGAACCUAAUGUCCCUUUUAAAGACACAGGAAAACAUAACUCCUGGGUAAAAGCAGUGCUACUAUUUGACACAACACCCGUGAUGGAGGCCGAGUUGAGCAAAAUCUUUAUUGGCCGAGAAGAGCAAUAACACAUGAUAGAAUAUACAACCCCACCAGCAUGCCAGCGUUUUCAUAGAAACUGUACAAUGUGAAGGAAUGUAUGGCGCAGGAAUACAUUAUCAGAAGAACCAAAAUAAAAGUUAUACAUCCAUA